ACGAACCGUCACAAACAUGGCCGACGAGGACACCGCGCGCUUGUGCGUGCAAAUAAUCCACACCCACUUUGGGCCACUAACAUCAAAAGUGGCGUCCACUCUCCUCACCCGUGGUCGACUAUCAUUCCCCCAUCUCGUCCGCUUCAGCUCCUUGAAACCGCGCACCGUCCGCGCCUCCAUUCUCGUCCUCGUCCAACACAAUCUUCUCUGGCAUGCACAGUCCGACGACGACGGGGAAGUAUUCGAAGUGAACGUAGAGGACUGCCUGACGAGACUACGAUAUGGGAGAUACGUGUGGUUGGCGGAGCAGUUAUUCGGGAAGGCGGCUGCGGAUAUUGUACAACUGAUACUGGAUCAUGGAAAGCUUCGUCCACCAGAUAUCAUUUCUCAAAUGCCCAUCUUCCUCGAUGCUAAAGAGUCCGCAAAAUACACCCAAGCACUCUUCACGCUCGUCUCAUCUUCAUAUCUUAAACCUGCCACAGCUCUAUCGCAUCAGUCCACAACAGACACGCGCCUCAAAUAUUUCGCGGAAGAGAAGGCCAAAGUAGUGGGAUACCCGACAGCAAAGCAGCUACGAGAAGCGAAGGAAGUGGCCGAUUCGAGGCUGAAGCGGGAAGAGGAGGAUGCUGAGAAGAUUGGGCUUAAACGGAAAGCGAGAGAGCAGGGCGGCAGAAAAUCGUCCAAACGACAAGCGGUCGAGGAAGAGGUAGUCGAUGACGAUGUCUUCUUCCGAGUGAACGCUCAGAAGUUCAACAUUCACAUUCGAAAUAAGCUCAUCGAGUCGGCUGCACGAGAACGUUUCAAUGACGGCGCGGCGCUGGUCAUGCGUGCCGCCCUAAAAGCAACAGAAUCUAAACAAAAGUCUGUUGCCGACGUUCGUUCAGAUUCAACCACCGUAGCCACCAUCGCCAUGCAUCUCUCCGACGAAGACGUCUCCACGCUGUCAUCCACCCUCAUCACCUCCUCGAAAUCCACCUCCUCGUCCUCAUCCUCCAAAAAAACAAUAACACUCCUCCAAAACUUCCUCGGCAUGCUCUCCUUCGCCGAUAACCCCACCGCGGCAGGCCGAGCGGCGUCUUUCGUGAGCUUCAGCGGAUCGAAACUCUUCGUCGAGUUUGAGACGGUCGGGAAGAGGUUGAGGAGGCGCGUGUUGGAGGCUGUGACGAGGGAGAGGCAUGGAGAGGAUGGGGUGAGGGUGUUGAGGCUUUUGAUGGAUACGGGGAAGGUGGAUGAGAAACAGAUCUCGAAGGUGGCGAUGAUGGCUCCGAAGGAUUGUAGACCACUUCUGUCCGCUAUGUCUGCGGAAUCAUUGAUCAGCAUCCAAGAAGUGCCGAAAAGCGCCGACCGGAAUCCAACGCGGACUUUCUACCUCUGGUACGUCGACCAACAAAAAGCAUACUCCGUUCUCCUCCUCAACCUCUACAAAACGCUCUACAACAUAUCUCUCCGCAAACUCGCCGAGUCCGAAGAGCCGCUCGUCAAAGCCGUCCUCGCGAAACGGGAACGAAAAGACGUGAGCCAGGACGAGGGGCUGUUGACGAGGAAUGAGAGAGAUGUGUUGAGGGAGUGGGAGGAUAAGAGGGAGAAAUUGACGGUGUUGGAAGCGAGGGUGGAGGAGGCGGUGUUUAUUUUGAGGGAUUUGGGGGCGUUGGCGGCUGGCGGUGGGGAGGAUUAGAUGUGACGUCGUGGGUACGAUAUGUUGUGGUAGAAGAGGUGGCGAUGUGAUGUGUGUACUGUUUUAGGGAAGACGAGGUAGAUGCAGACUAUGCUGUUUAGUAUAUG